CGACUUCCAGCCGACGCCAGCGCACUUCAUUUGCGUCAUCGAAGAGCGCGCCCUGUCGCCUAAUCGUAACCGUCACCUGGUGAAAACGCGGCGUGUAUCAGCUGUCCGUCCUGUCCCGCCCCCUACCGGUGACCGGGCCCCGCCGCUACGCCCGGCCUGUGCCUGCUGCCGUCCUCUUCUAGUCUCGUGGAGCUGCACGUUCUGCUUCGCGUGUCUCUUCCCUGCAGGUGCCGUGCAGUGGUGACCCGGGGGUUACCCGAGGCGGGUGAUGUCGGAGGGUGUGGAGGAGCUGCAGCCAGCCGGCGCCCCGUUUGCCCGGGAGGAAGAGCCGUCGGGGCUGGGCUGGGGCUGCUGCUUGACGCUACUGCUGAACGCGGGGCUAUUAGGGCUGCUGGCUUACGGGGCCUGGCGGGUGUAUAGGCGCUGGCGGGUCGCCGGGAACCGGGCUGCCGCCCCUGUACCCCGCAUGAAGCGCAGGGACUUCAGCCUGCAGCAGCUGCGGGACUAUGACGGUACCAAGGACCCCCACAUCCUGCUGGCUGUCAACGGGAAGGUGUUUGACGUGACGGAGGGCAGCAAGUUCUACGGAGCAGAUGGACCAUAUGGAAUAUUUGCUGGCAGAGAUGCUUCCAGAGGACUUGCCACAUUUCGCAUCGAUAGAGAUGUACUUAGAGAUGAUUAUGAUGACCUGUCCGAUCUAAAUGCUGUGCAAAUGGAAAGUGUUCGAGAGUGGGAGAUGCAGUUUAAUGAAAACUACGAGUACGUUGGCCGCUUACUGAAACCAGGAGAAGAGCCAUCUGAAUACACGGAUGAGGAAGAUGCACGGGAUCAUUCAAAACAGGAAUGAACUUUGUUAGUAACCAAAGUCAGGGGCCUUUCAGAAACUGCAACCUGUUAUUUCCCAACAACAAACAUGGACCUUUUGGGUGGGACAUGUGCUCAACACUAUUGUCCAGAUUUUGUACAAAGAAAUAAGAGUAAUGCAUAAUAUUUCAAGAGGUUUUUUAAUAGGCAUCGUGAUCCUCACUGCCAACCGUUUUGCUCCCCAAAGCUACCUUCCCCAUCCAGGAGUUGCUGAAUCAGUAUAAUGAACCAUAGUCCAGGAAUACAGUUUUGUGGAAAAACGUGUGUAUAGCUAUACCUGUGUUUUGUCAGUAAUUUUGGACAUGUAUUUGAAAACUGUCAGUAGCUCCUUUUAAUUCCUUGUUGGCCGAUAACUCUAGCCGGGUAUGGUCCAUGUGGGCAGAGUUUUACAAACACAACAGCGGAACCAGGAUACCACACAGUUUGUGCGCUCUUCCAAGCGAAGUAGAAUUGCUGAAGUCCCCUGUUCUUUUUCCUUUCUCGACAUUUGUCAGACUGCACUACUGAACCCAAUGUUCUUGUUGUUUUGUAAGUACUUAUUCACUAGCAAAGUCAGGUUGCCAUCUCAUUUUUCUGAAAGAACUGCAGGUGAAAGUUACAUUUUUUUUAUUUUUUUUUAUUUGUUUUCAAUUUUUUUGUGGGAAGGGGUUAAAAAAAAAAAAAAAAAAUUCCACUGAUGAAAUGUUCAACACUUCAAUUACAGCAGCUGUUGGCCUGGUUAGAUGUAGGGGGUGAGGGAGUAUAAAUCCACUUGUAUUAAAGGCAGCCUUUCCAGCAAAUGGUAGGAUAAUGUUUAAUCUGCACUCCUCAUGAAAUCAAUUGGAACGACUUUGCUGCUGCAGAGGGCUCGUACCCAUUGAUGAAAUGCAGCAGUCUCCUGCAGCAGCACAGCUGUUCUCUAUGUGCCUUACUUCUUCUUAAGACUUGAAUUGCUUUAAGGGAAUAGGAAAACCCAUUAUGUAUUAGUUCAAGGUCACUGCAAGCAGCUUUGGUACUGAAGUUGAUGUUGUAUAUUGACUGGAAAGCCUUCAUGUCAUUCUGUGUAAAUAGAAUGGGGGGAAAAAAGGAAAUCUGCAGUAUUACUGCCAUAUAUAUAUGUUAGCAUACAUAAAGGUAGCCUUGUAGUGGGCAGAAGCACCCCCUCAUACCGCAGCACUGCUUUAUGUUACUCAGAAGAGAAGUUCAGUCUACAUGUUUAUGUGGAGUAGUCUGUAUGCCUGGCAGAGUGUGUGGAUAUGUGAGAGAUGUGAGCUGUGUUUUCUGAGGAAACUGUAAAUAUGGGUACCAUUUUAAUAAAGCAUGUACAUUAAACCAAA